UGGCUGGGCGUAGGGCGUGAGCUCUCUGGAAGAGCUUCCGGGUUGGCCCUCCCCCUCCCUUUAGAGUGCUUAACGAAGGAGGGGGCAGUGGGCCGGGGUUCGCGCCCCCUCCCUUCCCCCUUCUCCCCGGGAGAAGAGGCUUUUCCCUCAAUACGGGUGAUACAGCCGCUCAACAUCAACUAGCCAAUUGGGUUUUACAGAAGACAUGUAACUUGGAACAUAAAGAUUUUUCUUGGGUUAAACGGCAAAAUGCUCUUGUAUCUAUCCUGUCUGAGCCAGGUUAUAUAAGGUUUUCCUCUACCUUGUGGAGAACUGUGGAGUCUCCCAUCAAAUGUUCGGUGGAAGAACACAAAUAACCUGGAUAUGAUGCCAAAAGAUCUCCAAAUGAUUUUAUAGUUUGACCCAAUGAUUCUUCUGGAUAUAUAUUUCUCUCUUCAAGAAUAAGUGCAAAGUCCAAAUCCUGCUCAUUGGAAGAAAAUUUUAUUUUAAGAUCAUGGACCAUCUUACUAGGGAGAAAGAUGAAAGGCGAACAGGAAAAGGAAAUCCAGGAAGAAGUACACACAGUUCCAGAGCAUCAAGUUCCACUUCGGCCUCUGGUGUUCUUAUGGUUGGGCCCAAUUUCAGAGUUGGCAAGAAGAUAGGCAGUGGAAAUUUUGGAGAGCUCAGGCUAGGCAAAAAUCUUUAUACAAAUGAAUAUGUAGCAAUCAAACUGGAGCCAUUAAAAUCUCGUGCCCCACAGCUGCAUUUAGAGUAUAGGUUUUAUAAACACAUUGGCUGUACAGUUGAAGGCUUCCCCCAGGUGUAUUACUAUGGGCCAUGUGGAAAGUACAACGCCAUGGUUCUCGAGCUCCUUGGUCCAAGCUUGGAGGACUUAUUUGAUCUCUGUGAUAGAACAUUCACUCUGAAGACAGUCUUAAUGAUAGCAAUCCAGCUGAUCUCUCGAAUGGAAUUUGUGCACUCAAAGAAUCUCAUUUAUCGAGAUGUCAAGCCAGAAAACUUCCUUAUUGGCCGACAAGGAAAUAAGAAAGAACACAUCAUCCACAUAAUAGACUUUGGAUUGGCCAAGGAGUACAUUGAUCCUGAAACGCAAAAACACAUACCUUAUAGGGAACACAAGAGCCUAACGGGAACAGCAAGAUAUAUGUCCAUCAAUACCCAUCUGGGCAAAGAACAAAGUCGGCGAGAUGACUUGGAAGCCCUUGGACAUAUGUUCAUGUAUUUCCUUCGAGGCAGUUUGCCCUGGCAAGGCCUUAAGGCUGAUACAUUAAAAGAGAGAUACCAGAAGAUUGGAGACACAAAGAGAAAUACUCCAGUUGAUGUUCUCUGUGAGAACUUCCCAGAGGAGAUGGCUGCUUAUCUUCGUUAUGUCAGGCGAUUAGACUUCUUCGAGAGACCAGACUAUGAUUAUCUACGAACAAUCUUCACAGAGUUAUUUGAAAAAAGAGGAUUCACCUUUGAUUAUGCCUAUGACUGGGUGGGCAGGCCAAUUCCCACUCCAGUGGGGCCCAUGCAUGUAGAAUCUGGACCAUCUGUAACAAGAGAUACCCACGCACAUAGGGAUCGAUCGUCCAUACAGCCUCUCCGAAAUCAGACUGCAUCAGAACGUAGAGACUGGGAAAUGGCGCCAGUGCGACAAGCCAAUGCUUUGUUUCUGCAAUCUCACUUAACUUCAGAUCGGCACGGGGGAUCAGUACAGGUGGUAAGCUCAACCAAUGGUGAGUUAAACAUCGAUGAACCAACAGGAGCACCUUCCAAUAUACAACUUGCAGCACGUACUGAGGUGGAAGUAGUGGAGGAAGCUAAGUGCUGCUGCUUCUAUAAGAGGAAAAGGAAGAAGUCUUCCCAGCGCCAGAAAUGACAGGUGGCUCCUUGAGGUCUUUGGGGGACUUUGUUUACCUGCUGUUCCUGCCACAUUGAAUGGGGCUUCUCUUGGGGAGAGGACAAGAAACGAGGGACAUUCUAAACCAAAAAGAGAGGAAAGGGGAAAAUUCCAAAAUAAACAUUCAGGUGGAUUCCAUAAAUGGUCUCGCUUGCUCACUCCACGCUUGAAGCUCCUUUUGGAAUCCGGAUUGCAUCCUCUCCGGCACUAGUUGCCCUUGUUGGAAGGUUGGCUGGCUACCUUCCUGUCUGUACAACGGUUUGGCAAAGAGGGCGUUCCUGGUGAAUGUGCUUUUGUUCCUGCUCCCUUUCUCUUUUGUUCUCGACAUGCUUUUUCUCACCAACAGAGGGGGGCUUUAUGAACAGCGGGGUCAAGAUGGUGGUGAAGAGAGGAUGCUCUGAAAAGGACCCAGCUCCUCUUCCUCCAAAUGGCUUUGUGUCGACUGCACUGGCAACUUAGACCUGAUCCUUCUUAAUCGUACUCCAACAAAUUCCAUGAUAGUAAGCCAGUGAUGAGAGAACUGCAAUCUACUUUUCCAGUUGCCUUGAUUUAUUGGUUUCUGUGACAUCUCCCUUCUCAGAAUGGUUACAGAGAAGUGUCAGUUGUUCUAAAGGAACUUAUGUUGCACUUUUAAUUUUUUUUUAGCAUUAUGUAUGCAUAUGCCGUGUGUGCGUGUUUUUUUUCCCUUGUGGGUAUGAAUGAUGCCAGCACACAUGUUCAGCUUGUAUUUGAGUGCAAAGCCUCCCUUUGACUUAGUCUGUCCACCGCAUUUGGGAUCCCCUGGGACUAUUCCGGGGUUUUCAGACCCCACUGUUGGCUGUGCACUGAAGCUUACUUGAAUUUUCAGCUGCCCUUUCCAGCUGUCACUGAACACCCCUCUUGUGGUUUUUCUCCAAGGUGCCUGACCUAACCUGCUUGGAAUUGAAAGUCUUUCUGCUGGCCGGAAGGAGAGAAGUCAGCUGGGCUGAAUUCUGAGCAGGUCACAAAGAUGCAAAUGCAGACUACUGUAAUUGAAAAUGGAAAGAAUGAGGCACUUUGGCCAUUUAAAGCGAGCAAAGCUAUUCUCUUAGGGAAAGGACACUGCCACUGCCUUAGACUACGUCUCUUAUCAGACCUUUCAGAGAUUUCAGGCUAUCUGUACAGAAUGUAAACAGCAUGUGGCUUCCAGCAGAGCAGCCUGUGCAUUACCUGUCACUCUUUCGGUUAUGCAGUCAGGGCUUUUUAUUAACAUGCCCCAGGAAACAGAUGGUUUCAUUUGUUUUUUAUUCUUUCUUUCCAAACGGAACUGGCCACUCUGCAUUCGCUGUACUCCAUGCAGAGGUUGUGAACUCCCACAUUGGAUAUGGCUUGAGAUAAAUAAUUGGCAAUUUGGGAGAGUUGCCCCAAGAGUGUCACAUCCUCUGCCUACUGCUUCGGAAUGGUCUUGAAAGUAUUCCCUUGUCAGAGCUUAUGGGCUUGCUUUCUGAAAUCUUGUGCCCCACCUCCUCUGUUAAAUGCCAGCACAACACUGUAGUUCAGUCAAUAAUAUGUCUCUUUGGGAAGGGAGCUGCCUCCAUUAUCAUUGCACCCUUGACUGGUUAGGGGAAAGAGGGAGAACUCCUUGCCUCCAAACAGAAGAAUAUGCCCAGGGAGUAUAAAGAACACCCUCUUCAAGUACCUCUUUUGGUUCCUAUUGAUCUCGAGUAUUCUGUCAAUUGUUGUAGCUUUCUUCUUAACCUGAAAGUCUCACUUGACAAUAAACUACCAUUGCUGAGCUCUGGGCUGCCUUUCUUUCUCCCCCCACAACACUUGAGCCAAAACACAGACUUGCUUUUUGCCCAUGAGAGCUGUCUUUCACAGAGACUUUUGCAUCUAUUCUUUGAGUGCUGCCAGUUUCCAUUUUCCUCCAUCUGGGAUGCUACUAAAGAGCAUGAGCCCUUUGCUAUCAGUCAUUAGAAGAGUUUUUUUGUUACUUUUUAAACUUCUCAGUCUGCUCCACCCAAUUACUAAUGUUUCUAAUGCCACCAGCUAAAAUGAGCCUUGUUUCCCAUUCCUGGAAGGGUGUAGUGCCUGAUUUGAUAAUAUGAAAGAAUUCACAAAGGAAAACUUUAGCUGUGCAUUCCCAAGCUCUGCCAACUGCAGCAUUUGUGUUGCCCUUUCCCAUCUAAGUACCCAGCAUUCUGAUUCCAGGGUAAAUCUCUCUUCCACUCUACUAGGCAGUCUAAUUCUCUCCCAUCAAGGAGCAAUUUAGAAUUAGCAAAAGUAGGAAGCUACAUUGUAAAGGCUUUUUCAAUUUUGUUUUUCUUUAGAAGCUGUCAUUAUUUUUAAUGUAAGAUUACUUGAAAGCUAUCUUGCUUGUGGUUCCAUUGCUCAGGAGAUCUAGUUUUCUUUUGAAUGAAAAUAUUUGUAUCAUGGGAAAGCAUGCUUUUGAAGCAGGUAAAUAAAUAUCCAAACCCUAUUUUGCAUUCUGGUCAAAUAUUGAAGCUGUCCAGAGACCAAACAGUGUAAGAAAUGUCUUACAGUAGGGAUUCUUCUAGGUUCUCCAAGUAAAACUCUGGAUUCAAGGGGCUUAUGACAAGGAACUAGAGAAACUAGCUGGUCUGGAUUACUUCUGGUACUCUUUUUUUCUUUCUUUCUACAAGCAGACAUUUCAGCUGAUAGCAGCCGCACAGAAGUGGAGAAUGUGUGCAAUGUGCUGGUCCAUUUUAUGAAAGCAGCCUCCCACUUCUCCAUCGUUCUCUUUAUAGUGUCUUUAAUAUCACUGCAGGGUCUGUAGCCUCCUAUUUCCAGUGAAGCAUCACGGAGUUGAAGCUGCCUCCAGGUAUUGUACUACUUUUCUGACAUGUGUUGAUUAUUUCCAGAGAACAGUCAGCUGAACAGUCAUUUCAACAGAAAUGGCUUUCUUCCCCAUAAUUCUUAACUGUUUCAUCUCUGCUACUUUGAAGAAGAUACUAUGGGUUGCAAUACUACAGCCAAGUUUUUUCCAGGGUUUCUGUUCUAAAUCCAUGCCAACCUUGGCAAAACAAAGCUGGCAUUGUCAUUGAUUAGUUUGAAAGUUACAGUGAGAAAGCAGAAAGAUGUGAUGAGGAAUGAGUAAGAUGAAGUAGUUUGCUUCCCCCUCAGCUCUGGAUAUGUGUCUUCCCCAUUUAUUAAGGGCCAAAUCUGCUUUAAUUAUGGGGAUCAUCUUCCUUCAGGAGGCUCUCUGAGUUUUCUAGCAGCUGACCUUUAAUGUUCUCUGGGUCUGGCAGCAAACAGUCCUACUAAAAGACAAGAAUAGUUCUGUUAUCUACAGGAUGGGUCUUUCAAGUGCUUGCUCAAAAUCUACCUGCUUUUUUGCCACUUGGAAAGGCAAUGUCUAUAUGUGGACUAGUAAUCUUUUGCAGAUCCCCUACACAUUCUUGAACGUUAGGUGGUCAUGACUUUGCUAGCAAGCUGUUGCUUUUCUUUUUAGGGUGGAAGAAAUUUAAGUUGCUAAUCUUCAAUAGUUUCUAAAAGUAGCUUUCUUUUAACGUUGAGAAAAUGUUGAGUAUAUCACUCUGAAAAUUACCAGUGUCAGAAUUGGAAAAUUCUUUACCAUGUGUUUGGUUUGAAUUUCUUUCUCCUUUUCAAUUUUCAGCCUUAAACUUAGAUUUACAAAAACACACCACGAACUAGCUUCCAAAAUUAUUACUCCCAGGGAUGCUUGCUCUUCAAAAUGCCCUGCACAGUGUCCUUAUCGUCCAAAACAUGAAUACACAACCUAAAUCUUUCCAAUUCCAUGGUUUAUAAGUUCCAGGGUGGAGGAACAAAACUUGUAUUGUUCUUUCUUGAUAAAUGAAACGGUUAAGCAUGAGUUUUUGUGGAAGGCAAACUGCCAUAGUGAGCAUUCCUAUGAAUUUUAUAUAGUCUGAAGACAGUGUACUACCCGGUGUGAACUGCCAAAUAUGCGUGUCCCUAUAAAUACUAAGCCAUAAGCCCUGCUUUCUCAAAAUACUACUAAAGUUUGUUUGUGUGGGGAGGGGGAGAUUAAACCUUUUCUGCAUUGCUUAUCAGGCCUUGAAGAAAAUACCAUCAUUUUGCUUUGAAGGCUAGUUUUCCAUUGGUUUUGAGCCUCAAUAACUGAGGAAUAAAAGCUUCCUUUUUUUAAAGCUGGUCUUGAUGUUGGCAUGAUGUCUAGAAGUUAAAGGGCCUAAAAUUGCCAGGGCACUCUGGUUGCCUUGGCAGUUUUCAGUGGUGUGUUUGUAUUAUGCAUAUCCCAGUAAGUGACCGGAAGGGAACUGAAGGGAGGCUUGAGAAAUCAUAGUUUUACUGUAAAUCAAAGAUGGGGAAGCUCUGGCGCUCCAGAUGUUGUUGGGCUGCAACUCCCACAAUCCCAAACUAUUAACCAUGCUGGCGGGGGCUGGUGAGAUCUGGAGUCCAAGAACAUCUGAAAGAUGACAGAUGCCUCAUCCCUGCUGCAGAUGAAUGACUAUAGGAACCAUUCUAUGUGAAUGUCUGGAGGGGGUAAAAAUCUUCACUUCAGUAUUUGUUAUGCAGCAGGUCUUCAAUCUGAGGAUGAGAAGCAGCUGCUUCUGCAUACUUUAUUACCAAACUUCUUAAUUGUGAAGAAACCUCAGUCUCUGACCAGGAUGCCCUUGCCUCAGCUUGGUGUCGUAGCAACCUGCACUUCAGCACCUCAUGGGGAUUUCAUUCUCAACUGUUAUCCUAGAAUACUGCUCCUAUGGGGUGUGGUUUCUGAGAGGGACUGGGACACUCUCUCACAUCGAAUACUCGUUCCCAGUUUGGUAUCCCCCCCAAAGAAAUGGCAGGUGCAUGCCAAUCAAAUAUAAGCAGGAAAAAGGCUUUAAAUAGCCUGUCUCAUCCUUUUAAGACUGUCUCAGGAAAAUGAUAAUUUUUUAAGAAAUGCUUUUCCAAACUGCGUAACUGCUGCAUGAUGUAGGCUAUCCUGUGGAACAUGGGAACAGGUUAAUCUUCUCCAGUUGGAAAAGCAACCUGGUAGUGAUAACUGUUUGCAGCUACCAAACAGAGAGGAGAAUUAUCAGUUUGGGGCAAGUGGACCAUACCAAAUAUUGCAUCUUCCCCAAACAGGGACACUGCAAUUAAGUGGCUUGUUCCCAUUGGAAAUUUUGUGAUGUAUAAUUUAUUAUGUCUGUUUCUUUAAUGUUGGCCUUUUGUGCUUUUAAAAACGGGAUGAUUGGGAUAAUGAGUGCAACUCUUGUUACUGUAAAGAAAAAUCAGCUGUGAAAAAUCUUUUUUAAAGUAUUGUGUGCACAUGUCUGAUUCUUGUUGAAAUGCCUUUUGAUUUUUAAUCUUUUUAUUUUAAACAUGUAAUGCAAUGUUUUAUUCAUAUAAUCCUGGCACUGCUCUUGGAACAUGGCAGUGAACAUGAAGCGUAGUAUUUUUUAACAUGAAUGUCAAUUUCAAAUGCAUUUGAAAUGGUUCAGGAUAAGGGCUCACAAACACCAUGUGCAGAAGGCUCCUCUGGCGCUAGUUGGAUUUCACUUUGCCAGGAAUUGGGUCCUGCUGCUGAUCUUUUUCUGAUGUGCCUGUUUUUAAUGGGACAUUGCAAGAAAUGUUGUGUACCUUAAAUACACCCUUUCCCCUAUUUGCACCCUUUUAAUGUAAAAUAAAACAUAAAAUUUGCUCUGUUGA